UUCCGAAAUCUUUUGCAAUGUCCUAUUUUUCUGGUUCUCUUUGCUGACAUUUCUUUUCUUCCUUUAGAUGUUGUGCUCUCUGCUGGAACGACCGCGACCGUUGCCUUGCUGCGCAAUAAGACUGAGCUUGUGGUUGCAAGUGUUGGAGACAGUCCAGCUGUCCUCUGUCGUGAGGGAAAAGCAGAACCCUUAACUGAAGAUCAUAGCCCAAGACGAAAAGAUGAAAGGCAAAGGGUUCAGCAGUGUGGUGGUUUCAUUGAAUGGAACAGUGCUGGUGAGCCUUAUGUCAACGGAAGGCUGGCUAUGACUCGGAGUAUUGGUGAUCUCCAUGUUAAACCUUACGGAGUGUCGGCAGAGCCUGAAGUUACUACAGUAAAGUUGCAACAUACCAAAGAUUGCUUCUUGGUCUUAACAACUGAUGGAGUUAGUGGGUUCAUGGAAGGACAAGAAAUGUGUGACCUUGUGAAGAAGUGUCAGGAUCCAUCUGAAGCUGCUCUUAUUGUUACUGAUCAAGCACUGCAGUAUGGAUCGCAAGAUAAUGUAACUACGAUGGUAGUACCAUUUGGCGCAUGGGGAAAAUACAAGAAUGCCUUGACAUCCUCAAGCUUUGGAAGAAUCAUGGUGGCUAGCGGGAGGUGGAGUUAACUGGAAAUGCAGUAUUAUGAUUGGUCUGUCGAGCCAUGGCUGUUAUAUAUGUCUCCUGUACUGUUGUCAAGUCAGAUUUCUUUGUUACUGUGAAAUGUAAUUUUUUACUGUGCCCAAAGGAUAUAUAAUUCUUUUUUCUGCAAACUACAUCUGGUGUCUGCAUUUUUGUUAUGAAAGUUUACAGAUUUGUGCUACAGUGGGGUGGGGGGGCUGAUGAAUGUUUUUUAAUUCAUUGUAUAUCUGUAAAUUAUGUACCAUAAAUGUUUGUAAAGAAAAAAAAAAUAUUUAAAGAUGCAUUGUAAAAUGUA